AUGGCGGCUGAAGUCAUCGAACCCGACGGCGAUCUCACCAUUGUCUGCCAUGAUACCUCCUUCCAAGUCUGCUCAAAGGCCAUUGCCCUGGCUUCGCCUGUGUUUAAAGCUAUGUUCAUGUCGAACUUUAUGGAAGGGCUGUCUGUCAAGAACUCAGACCCUUCUAACCCUGCCGUCGUCAAGCUCCCGGAGGAUGAUCCUGAAGCUUUCCGCAUCUUUUCCAACAUCGCACAUCAUAGAUUGGACCGUCUGCCGCACCAGCUAGAAAUCGACCAGCUAGAUGGAUUGGCCAUGCUUGUUGACAAAUAUCAGUGUGCUUCGCUUAUAAGGGGAGUUGGACGCUCAUGGAUCCUGGGCGCUUUGCGCAAACGCUCGCGCGAACGUCCGCGGGAAGAACUCUGGCUCUUGCUACAUUUUGCAUAUGUCGUGAAUUCCCAAACCUAUUUUUCGGCAAUCUCACGGGUGCUUGUGGAAAGCUCUCCCCAGCCAUUCCUGCGAUGGAAAUAUGCUAGGGACAAUAUGAGAACAUUUCCCGGUGAACUUCUCGCUCAGCUUGACCUCCUCCACAACCAGAUCCUAGUCCAGAUGCAGCUGGCUCUGAUGGACCCCGUACUCUGCCUUACACGAAAUUCGUGCUCAGAAUGCAGGUUCAAGAUCGAUGGCUACUUAUACAGAUUGUUCACACUUGAGGGCGGGCUGAUCCCAUCAACACCGAGCUUCGGCAAAACGAGCAUCGCGUCAAUACUACAGAGCCUGUAUAGUAUGGAAGAAGACGCCCUUGAUUGGUACAUGAAGGAGUGCGAGAGGCACCCCAUGCCUCCAACACUGAAAAACAGGGUGCCCGUGCUUGAGGACUUGAAAAAGCGCAUCGGGGCCCUUAAUAUGUGUCUGAAAUGCAUCAAAGAUGGAUAUUGUGAGAAACAUGUUGUGGAAUGA